UACCGGCUCGUUUACGUUGGGGUUCAAAGGUCCAUAGCCAGGCCUAUUCUAUUUUAUGCCCACCACCCACGUGGCGCUGGGAAGCGCAUCGGAAUGGCUACCCAGCUGUUGUCCAAGUACGAGCGGGACUACAUAGAGGAGGGUGUCAACCAGGACCUCAGAGAGGACGGGAGGAACUGCAGGGACUACAGGAGUUUCGCCGUGCAGACUGGGGUCGUGUCUAACACCAGCGGUUCGGCGAGAGUCCAACUGGAGAACACCAGUGCAGUGGUAGGAGUGAAGGCUGAACUCGGAGCUCCAGACCCAACUCAACCCAAUUCUGGCAGAAUAGAAUUUUUUGUCGACUGUGCGGCUCUGGCUAGUCCAGAGUUCGAAGGUCGCGGGGGAGAGGAUCUUGGUCACCAUCUUGCCCACCAGCUGGCAGGGGCGUACAGCCACAGCUCCACUCUGGACAGAGGCAGUCUCUCCAUCAUACCAGGCCAGCAGUGCUGGGUCCUCUAUGUCGACGUUCUGGUGUUGGAGUGGGGAGGGAGUGUGCUGGAUGUUCUGUCGCUGGCAGUGAGGGCAGCUCUCCACGAUACCCGCAUCCCGCGACUCAUCGUGACUGGAGAGGGGGAGGAGGUGGAGGUGGAGGUAUCCGAUAAUCCACACGACUCCACCUCCCUCGAUAUCGGUCGUGCCCCCAUCAUUAUUACUGUCACAAAGAUUGGACUGAACUUUGUGGUUGAUGUCAAUAUGAAGGAAGAGAUGUGUGCAUCGUCCAGACUCUCGUUGGCUAUUAACGAACAGGGGCAAAUCCUGAGCACGAGCAAAGACAUUGGAGGCGGCAUCCCGUAUUUCCAACUGAACGAUGCCAUCAGAGUAAGCUGUUUAAAUAAUAAAGACCCUCACUGCAGGCCUCUAUUAUACCUGUGUAAUGCUGUAGAUGGCCCAGGAGGUUUCAAGGGAGGUGUUUCAAAAACUAAAUUCCACUCUUCACUCUCAAGAUCAUGAAGGCCUAGGCGGCAAUACCAGAAGCACACAACUCUUUUCAUAGCAUUUUGUGAUACUAAAUCUCUUUUCUCUCUCUUCCAUUCAAUAACUAGAACGUCUGCAAA